AACUUGGAGCUGCCAUUCCGGCUGUCCCAUUGCUGAGACCUCCCUCCGAUCAUGGCCAAGUGGUGGCGCUCCGCCGGAAUAAACCCUAGGCUGGCGGCGCUUUCAAGAGCUACAUCAGAGCCGUUUUCGUCUCCAUCAUUUCGAGCUGCUCUGUACCAUACGAUCCAAGCAAUCCCCAGAGAGUGCAGCGGCAGCAGAAUUUCGAACAGGGAUAGAGCUCAGGGAAGAAUCCCCGCCGUCGUUUUCAGCCAACAACUCCUUGAGAAAAACUCCGUUCACGGAUCAUCGUCGCGGAAGCAUCUGCUUACUACGGAGCGGAAGCAAAUCCACUCCAUUCUCAAAUCUGUUGAGCUGCCUUUCUUCUGCUCGACUAGGUUACAGCUCCAGAUCCGCGCUGGUUCCGGAUCUUCUGUCCUACUUGAAUCCGGAUCCAUUCUUCCAAUCAAAAUUCACAGGGACGAAGAGACCGGAAAGAUCUUGAAUAUGGUGUUUGUGUGGGCUGAUGAAGGCUCGGAGUUGAAGGUUGAUGUGCCAAUUGUUUUUAAGGGAGAAGAGGCUUGCCCUGGUCUUCUGAAAGUUUUGUGGAAGACAGGAGGUCAACUGAACAGGAUAAGAACUAGCCUCAGAUAUCUUUGCCCAGCCGAGCAUAUUCCUUCCAAAAUUGAAGUGGAUGUAAGUAAACUGGAUAUCGGGGAGAGAAUUUUCAUUCGCGACGUAGACGUCCAUCCUUCUCUGAAGCUUCUUAGCAAGAACGAAGUCAUGCCUAUUUGUAAGAUAGUUGCAACUAAUACAGAAAGUGCAGAACCUUCAUAACUAUGGAUUCGUUGAAGCACAUUCGCAUUCGGGACUUAUGGUCAAAGCAGCCGAAGAAUAACAACUGAUCAGCAACAAGUUAAUGUGCAAUUUGGAAGAUGGUAUGUGUUUGAUGAUCCAAAUUUGUCAURUUCAUUGUAUAAAUUCGGAAUGUUUUCUCUGUUUCAAUUCGUCUCUUUACCGACUUUUAAUGUGGUAGCUGAGAAUUUUGAUGAAAAGCUCAGGUCCAUUUUAGCUGCUGAGGAUAAAUUCCUUGCUGGAUAAAAAAUGUAUCAGCUAAGAUGAAUGGUUGUUAAAGACAUUAUUGGCUCAAUCAUUGUUGUAGGAAGGAAGAGGAAUAUGGAUAUUGAAAUUCCGUUUUGCAGCGUUUUUUAUUA